CCUGGCCUUACAAUCAACUUCGGGCGCACCACGAGAUCCUCCAGGUGCGUUCUGUGUGGCUGCCAGUCUUGUGAUUGACACUUCCAGUGACCUUUUCUUACUUCUUUGCACAUGAACUUUCGGUCUCCUUACAGCCGAUCGGCCCUGCGUUAAGCUUCCUAAGUCUCUCCUUAACAUCACGACCGUUUUCGCAUACUCGUCACUCCCAGCGAUACUCUUCCGCUUGUUGGAGCUCUCUUAGAUUCUAGAACGACAAUACCUUGCCUUAGGAACUGUUCCUGGGAAUCUGGAUAACUCUCCGACGGCGUUCUCACACCAUGGCGACCAAUGGCCAUUUUGCCCCCAUUGGCAGCGACAGCAGCGAUAAGACGACAUAUGAGCAUGGUGUCCAAGUAAUCGACGAGAAUAAAGAAUUCAAUACGAACCUGACCAAGUAUCUAACCUUCGAAAAUGUCACCCCUGCAGGUUUCAACUACCAUCUUAUCUCGGUCUUUGGAUCUCAAUCGACAGGGAAGUCUACCCUUCUCAACCACCUCUUCGGUACCCACUUCUCCGUCAUGGCCGAAACGGAACGACGUCAGACCACCAAGGGUAUUUGGCUAUCAAAGAAUAAAAACGGAGACGGCAAGUCGAUGGCCGAUAACAUCUUGGUGAUGGAUGUGGAGGGUACCGAUGGACGCGAGCGGGGUGAAGACCAGGACUUCGAGCGCAAGAGCGCUCUCUUUGCGCUCGCGACUAGUGAGGUUCUGAUUGUUAACAUCUGGGAGCACCAAGUUGGUCUAUACCAAGGAGCUAACAUGGGCUUACUCAAAACGGUCUUCGAGGUUAACUUACAGUUGUUCUUGAAGGAUAAGAACACCACUCAUCGUUCCCUUCUUUUCUUCGUAAUCCGUGAUUUUGUUGGCACUACACCGCUCAAGGCUUUGCAGAAGACACUGAUGGAAGAUAUGUCUCGCCUCUGGGACUCCAUCUCCAAACCUCCGGGAUUAGAGCGCUCGACUGUGCAUGAUUACUUUGACUUCCAGUUCUACGGACUACCUCACAAGAGCUACCAGCCUGAAAAGUUUGUCGAGGAAACCAAAAAGCUCAGUCUCCGUUUCCGCGAAGGGCAAAAGAAUGCGACACUCAAUGCGCAAAACGGUGAGUUUUCAGAAGGCGGUGUUUUCCUUCCGGAGUAUCAUCGCCGUAUUCCCGCCGACGGAUUCUCAGUGUAUGCGGAAGGCAUCUGGGAUCAAAUUGUCAACAAUAAAGAUCUGGACUUGCCGACUCAGCAAGAAUUACUUGCUCAGUUCAGGUGUGAUGAGAUUCUGAGAGAGGUGAUGGUCGCCUUUGACGAGGCCAUUUUUCCCUUUGAGGACAAACAGUCUCAGGCAUCUCGUCUUGGAGAGCCCGAGGUGCUUGGAGGGUUGGGCGCAGCCAUGCGAUCGGCACGUGCUAAGGCGACGAAGAACUUUGAGACUGAAGCGAGCCGGUACCACAAAGGUGUCUAUCAGCGGAAGCGGGCGGAGCUUGAGGGAAAGGUUGAUACCCGUUUGAAGGCCCUUUUCCAGGGUCAACUUAACGCCGCGCACAAGUCCGGCAUCAAUGAUUUCAGUGACGCAGUCACUGCUGAAGUGAAAGCGGGACAGAAAAAGGGCACAGGCUAUGACUUUGCCGAGAUAGUCAACGAUGAGGUGAAGAAAGCUCUUCAGAAAUAUGAAGAAGUCGCCCGUGCCACUGUGGUAGAGGGCGCACCCUGGAGUAAUUAUCAGCAAGAAUUGGCAUUGUACGAAAAAGAGCUUUCAGAGGUCAGCGCCCGCCUGAGAAGGGAUGAGAUGAGACGGUUAGCGACCCGUGUUGAGCGAUGGGUUCAAUCUCGCUUAGGUGAAUCUGUUGGCUUGGAGUUUAACGCUCUGGGUUCUGGACGUGCCGGUGGCGCUGCGCCCGAAUCGGGCGAGAAGCCGUCUGAAAAGAAGUUCUGGGAUCGUGUGUGGAACCUCUUUGUUGAGACAGUCCUUGACGCCGAGAGAAGAUUUACAGACCGCGCAAGCAGCUUUGAUGCCAGCUUGGAGGAAGUGGAUGUUGGGCUAUGGAGGCUGCGAAGGAAGUCUUGGGGUGUCCUGCGCGCCAAGAUUGAAGAGGAAAUGACUGAGGGAAACUUGUUACUCAAACUGCGGGAGAACUUUGAAGACAAAUUCCGCUACGAUGAAGCCGGCGUUCCGAGGAUUUGGCGGCCGACUGAUGACAUUGAGGGCAUCUAUACUCGAGCUCGCGAGUCGACUCUAACUCUGAUACCCCUUCUUUCCCGAUUCCGACUAGCGGAAACCUCAGCUCCGCCCCCACUAGACCGCUGGGUCGGACAUACUCCUAGCUCAGCGACAACUGCAGAUGAAGAAGAUCUGCCGCCUAUUGGUGGUGUGGACGAAGAAGAAGGCAAGAGCCUGGAGGAAGAAAUGACUAUUCUUGGCGAUGCGAAACGCCAGGAACUCACAAUCAGAUUCAAGAAGGCCGCGGAUGGAGUAUACGUAGAGGCCAAACGGAGUGCCAUCGGAGGCAUGACGCAGGUACCGUUAUAUUUCUACGGUAUUCUUCUUGCUCUCGGCUGGAACGAGAUUGUUGCUGUUCUGCGUAACCCGGCCUACUUCUUCCUGCUCUUCGUAUGCGCUGUCGGCGCAUACGUCACUUACCAGCUCAACCUAUGGGGACCGAUCCUGAAGAUGACGGAAGCGGCAUCCAACCAGGCGAUGAUCGAGGGUAAGCGCCGGCUGCGAGAGUUUCUCGAGACUUCAGAUACUGGGCGCCAGGCGAUUGCGAUGUCAAGCUCUGGCUCUUCGCGUUCUGGCAACGAACACGAGAUGUCCCGGCUCAACAAGCAGGGGAAAUCCUCGACGGACGAGGACGUGGAUGACCUAUGAGCUAUUGAUGUGUAACUCUACGUAAUUAGCAUGUCUAUGUUCGAAUAA